AGAAAUAAAGUCACGAUGUUACACACUGAAGAGACACCAGGUGGCGGCAUGCAGCUUCAACUCUGGUCUGAAGAAGAAGAAGAAGAAGAAGAAGAAGAAGAAGCCUUCACGCUCUCCUGGGCCCCAAACUUUAACAGAAACUUAUUUCAUCUCCGGAACGAGAAGAUUUCAGAGCGGUUCUCUACAGGACAGAACCGGGACAGUUCGGCAGGAUUCGAUGAAAUGUUUUUCCUGAAGACUCUUCCUCUGAGUCGACCUGCAGCUGUGCAGCUCCUCCGCCUGUUUUCUACCAACACUUUACCCACUCUCACUCUCUUUACUAAGGAUCCAUGUCCUCUGUGUGAUGAAGCUAAAGAAGUGCUGGAGCCAUUCAGACACCGGUUUGUCUUGCAGCAGGUGGACAUCACCGUCCCAGAGAACAGCUUGUGGUUCGACAGGUACAGAUGGGACAUACCUGUCUUCCAUUUGAACGGGCAGUUUGUUAUGAAACAUCGUGUGGAUGUCGUCUUGUUGGACAAACUGCUGCAGGAUGCGGAGGCACAGAAGACAUGACAACAUUUAUCAUAAGACUUACAGUUAUAACUGUCAUAGUCAUAACUAUUGGAACAGCGAGGUCAAUUCCUUUAUUUUAUCUGUACACGAGAGAGAUGAAUAUGAGACAAGAGAUCAGUAUGUCAGCUUUCAUUUGCAGGUAUUUUACAUCGCAGUGUAUUAAAAAACGUAGCAAAAACUAUAACACCUUUUGUUUGAACCCACUUAAUUUUAAAGUGAGCAAAAUGAUGGGAACAUGUGACUGACAGGUGGUUUUUGCUGCCAAGGUGUGUCCUAUUAGAUAAUAAUAAAAAGUGUUGAAUGUCUACUCUCAGUUUCAGCUCUGGGUUUUGUCUUUGCAGAGUGCAUUUGUAGUUAAAAAGGUGUAACCAACAUGAAACCCGGGGAGCUGUCUAUUGGAGAAAAGCCAGCAAUUGAGGCUGAGAGUGUUGUGGAAUUUCGGCUCACUGGACAGUUCAGGAGCGAUGAAGAGGUCUCGGAGACACCGACGACUUACGUUGAGAUAGUUUAUAGAACAAGAUCUUGGAGGAGCAAAAUAACAUAACGUCUAUCUGCACAGAGUUCUAACGAGUCUUCCCCAAUGUUCAAAUUCUCUCUUACAGCUGCAGGAGGUAGUGCUUCCAUACAUGGUUAUCUGAUUAACAACAUAGCAAGAGGAGUGAUGCAGAGUCUCUCCCCUUAGUCUGUAAACAUAGAUCGAAGGCAGAUCACUCAUUAGCAAUAAGAACAGAAAGGCCAGAUUGGAAUUUGACAAAAAGUACAAACACAAGGCUCAGAAGUUCUGGGACAAAGUGUCAUGGUCCAAUGAGACUAAGAUGAAUUUUACCAAAGUGAUGGAAAGUGUAAUGUGAUGAGACAGGAAGCAUCUGCUCAGGAUCCCAAACACACAAGCUGAUCUGUGAAACAUGGCGGAGGUGAUGGCUCGGCUGCAUGGCUUCUUCUCGGACGGGCUCAUUGAGCUUCAUUUAUGAUGUCACACGUGCUGCUGCAGCUAAAUAAGCUCAGAAGUCUACAGAACCUUUCUGUCUGCCAGUGUAAAGACCGAUGGAACCAAACAGACCACGAGAUCCUUGAUUGUGCAGCAAGACAACGACCCAGAACGCAAAACAACCAAGGAGUCCAUCAGAGGAGAGAAGACGGUCUCAGACUGAAGAGAAUCUCCAGACUUAUUAACAUGUUGAGAUUUUUACCUGCAGAAGGAGACUGAAUGAACAAGUAUUGUUUCACACUAAUCUGUUAUAGUCUUUGUUCCUGAACAUUUGCUCACCUAAAAGUUAACAACAGAUGUAACAGAUCUGGAUGGAAGUACCUGGAAUAGAAAGCUGACAUGCUGAUCUGCUGUCUCACAUUCAUCUUCUGAUGUCAAACUCAAAUGUUUCAGUGUUCAGACAAAAUAAAAGAAUUGGUUUCCCUGUUCCAGUAGUUAUGGUGUUGGGAUUAGUGUUUGUAAAAUGAUCAAGAAUAAAUCAGCUGAAAUAAUCAA